UUUCGAUUUCUAUUCUGAAUUACCUACAUUAAAACCAAUCUAACUCUUCAGUAUCCCCUUAUGAUGCUUACAAAAUUGCGGUGACGUAAAUAGCAACAUGUCGGUCUUAGGCAAGUUGGGGCUCUUGUUACCUACCUAAAAUACCGGUAUAAUGUCCGCCUUGCCCAUGGCGUCGUUAGCCAAGUCUGGAGUCAAGUCUGGGGUUGGUUCUGCCUCCCUUUUGUCAUCUCAACCGGCCUGGAGUCAAACGCUUUCGCGAUUGACUAGCUCGAGACGACAUCGCUAUCCUCGACUAAGAAAAUCUCCUAGUCGGAUAAUUGCUUUGCGGAUGCGUAGCAAGACUGAGAAGCAAAAGAAUUCAUAUCGUCAUCACUUUCAAUUCGCCGCUCAACAGCAGGCGGAUCGAUUGCCCCUAUUGAUGUUCCAAGCCUGGAUGGCAAAUCAAGAUAUUCGGAAUGAGCCUGAAUUAUUCAAGUCUAUAAGCUCCAUCACUCCGUCUGAGUGGGCUGACCGCUUUCAUGGCUUGGCUUUCAGAGGUUUGUCAAUGGAAGACCUAGAUCAUUGGAUAUGGAUAUUAUCAGGGGAGAACGGAGACGCUCGCGUUCAACGUUUAGUUUCAACUGAUAAUCCUAAGCCUCUUUUUCUUGUCACGCUUCUUUCGAGUAGUAACGAGACAUUUCGCCAAGGGACAUCUUUACUAUCUCUGAUGGAAUACAUAUCGAAACACUACAUCGAUGUCGGAUCUUCAUCAAUGGGUAACAAUAUAGCCUUAUCCGGGCGUAAAAUAAAACUUACAGUAACCCAAUUCUUGCUACUACUUCGCCGCCUUGUUAAUCACGUUCAAAGAUCAUGGCCCAGGUUGAUUGUCGCGGUCUCACGGCUCACGAUGGAUUACAUUGAAGGACUGCCCCCCGACGACUAUCAUAAUAAGUGUAAAGUCUUCAAUGAGGCUUUGCGAUUAUUUACGCGACCGGCCGCAACCCACCCAGUUGCAAAUAUGGAGUUCAAUUGGAGAGCGCAGAGGCUCUUAUUAGCCAUGUCCGAUAAUAUGAACAGCCCCCUGAUCAUUAACAAAGCCAGCUAUAGAGCUAUCCGAGGGGUCAUGAUUGGCCUAAAAAAGUCAAAAACGGAGACAGCAGUUGCUGUAAGAUACUCGAAAUCCUGGCCACCAUAUCGGCAAGAUUUUGAUGGAUUCGAUGCAAAAAAAACGGCAGAAGACGACUACUCUAGAAGCGUAAAGGCCGGCGUUCUCAUGAAGGAGGCCGGGUAUCUCGAUGACAAUUACGACCAGGCGCUCGAUGUUCUUGGUGGGUUAGGCUGUGGUUCUCCUACCGUACAGACUCGCAGUCUUCCGCCAAAAGAGUGGAAAGGUGAAGAAGAAGAUCGGAACUUGUAUUCGCGUUGGGCUAUGAUGGUACGGGUGACCCGUAACCGCCAGGAGGCAUGGAAGGUUUUCAACAAUCUCGCUAUUGAAACGGGCAAACCUCCUAACAGCCAAGUUUAUGCCGAGAUGUUCAUGAAGCUGCAAGCUCGCACUAUCCCCGAGACCUCGACUGCUCUGCCAGGUGAAACCCGAGACAACUUUCCAAUUCAUGACGCCAAUUAUAGUGAAUAUGAGCUAGCUAGGCUAUCACCCCCUACGGUUACCGAGUUAUACGACCAAAUGGUCGGACAAGGUGUAAAACCGGAGGGUCACUGUCUUAAUACUUUAUUGAGCAAUGCCAGCUCCCUCCAAGAGGGGGCUCGUUUUCUUCGUGACAGUGGCAUUAAUCCUGCUAGUAUCAACGCGCUGGGUGUUUUUAAGCAGCCGUCUUAUGAGGCACUUCGUCGAAUCCCCCUCUUGGUUUUUAGGAGCUAUAUACAGCUUCUUUGUAGAUUGCAGCCUAAUCGUCGGGGCCAUGAAAAACUCACACUUGAACAACUCUUCCGCAUCCGACAUGCUAUCAACCUUGUUAAGUUGCGGCUAAGACCGGGAACUACCGAAGGCUCUACCUUUAGACCACCUUGGGCUAUCAUCCUAAGGGCACUGGCGCGACCCCACGUGUGCGUGAUGAAUGGCACACAGGAGAGCAAUGACGCAGCGGCUCUGGAGAUGUCUAUGGAUGUUAUCCAAUCCGUGCAGAAAACGGCGGGACCAGACUCGGAUAUCUUGCUUUAUCUAUGUCGUGCGGUUCAAAAAGCGGCGGUAUCCAAAAUGGAAUCUCGAAAUCCAUCGACAACCGAAAACAGUAUGAUGGAGACCCCUUUAUUACACCCUUCUCACGAUGUCUUAGAAACAUUAAAGUCACUCUUCUCCCAAAUCACUAUGCCAGUAGAUAUAUACAGGAGAAAAUAUAAGAGGCUUAAAGCACCUCAAUUUAUACAUACCAUAGGUCCUGCUCAUCUUCACGCCUAUAUGCGCGCUUUGGCUUUCCUCGAGGAUACAGCUACGAUGAAAGAAUUGUUACAGUGGAUACUAACACAUCGGGCGUAUGUUCACGAAGAAGCUGAGCGGAUAGAAAGUCGUGGGCAUGCACUGAUAGCGAAGACACUAUGUGCCUUUCAAGCUUUUGCCGGUCCGAGCCUGAGCCAUGAAGAGCAGGAGAAACUGAUAUACCAAAUAAAAAAUACUACGAGGGCUAGAAGCUCCUGGAGAUGGCCGACGCCGGAAGAGGUCGAGACCUAUGUGCAGUCCGAUUUACGUGGCGGUUCCCGACGACUUCAGCGGAGGAUUUUAGCUAAGCUAUGGUAUAAAUCCUCCCAGGAGGGGAGUGAGAAGGAAACAAGCCAAACAUCUACAUAAUCCAGGACGAAGUCCGUUUAAAAACGGACUUCGUCCUGGAUUAUAGCGCUCCCCCGUAUAUAGCUCUUUGCCUGAGGACCUAAAGUGUUGUAUUGUCCCCUUGACGCAUAUAUUAUCUUGAAAGUUUGAUUGUUGGAAAUGGAAUGAUGUAAUUUCAUUGACACUUU